AUGACUUCGGCUGUACCUUAUGAUCCAUAUGAUGAUCUGGAUAACAAUCCAUUUGCUGAGCCCCAGGAGGAAGAUUCUGAACCUGCUGCAACAACCACAGAUGGAUCAUCUUCUAUGUCAGAGGAGCGUGUAGGUACUGAGCAAACUGCAGCUUCCGUUCAGGACAACGGAACUGCAAAUAACAUUCAAAAUGGUCUUGGUGAAGAAGGAAACGCAACACGAUCAAAAACUUCAAACGAACACAAUGAAAACCAACAACCAUCUCAACCAUCAGAACGUGUUAUACUUCCUGAAAGAAGUGAUGAGAAAAAAAAAUACACUCUACUUGCAAAAGUAACAGGAUUGGAACGAUUUGGAUCUGCAACCGGUAAGAAAGAGAAUCCGACUAUUAUAUUUGAUUGCUCCACAAAUUUGCCAACAUUUCGCAAACAACAAUACAAGAAUGUCAAAAAAUCAUACGAAGAAUUCCACCAAUUGUUCAAAUAUCUGAAUGUUGCCAUUCAGGAAUCUUUUGUUCCUACUCUUCCCUCUGCGUAUACUACAUUCGGAAUUAAUAGCGAAGAAGAUAGGAUGAAAGUAACGCGAAAUUUCCAACUUUGGUUUAACAGGCUAUCGCAAGACCCCUUAAUUAUUCGGAAUGAAGAAGUGGCCUUUUUCAUUGAAAGUGACUUUAAUACGUACACACCCAUCAACAAGUCCAAAUCACUCGCAUCUGGGUUGAAAAGAAAAACAUUGAAACAAUUAGCACCUCCAUAUGAUGAAAUCACAGAAUUAGCAGAAUUCCGGCCAUUAGUCAAGUCUAUAUAUGUUGUUUCUCAGAGCUUGCAAGAAAAACUGCUAAGAGUUUCCAGAAAUCGCAAGAUGAUGGUUCAAGAAGAAAAUGCCUUCGGCCAGGAUUUCGUUAAUCUAGAUGAGCACAAUAAACUUUACAGAAGAUACGGUAAAAUAUUGACUGCUGUGGGUGAUAUUGAUAGCAUUAUAGCAACCAUGGACAUGGCGACAUUGUACGAUGGUUUAGAGUGGAUUGUCAGAGAUGCUUAUGCCGUGAAGGAAGCAUUGACCAACAGGCAUUUUAUCAUGCGAAAUCUAGUACAGGCACAGCAGAAUUCAAAGGCGAAACAGGAACAAGCACGCAGGUUCCGGUCAAGAAGAGAUAUUAACCCUAUGAAAAUCGAUGAAGCACUACGUCAGUUGAAAGCUGCAGCUAAAAACGAACAAGUUUUGACCCUUAAGCUUCAACGAAUCACGUCCAACAUGAUUAUCGAGAGAAAACAGUGGAUUAGCUGGUAUGAAGAAUGGAUAAGAAGCUCGAUCAAAGAAUUUACACUAAGAAAGAUAGAGUAUGAAAGAAAGAAGCUGACGUUACUAGAACGAGUACGUUCUGAUAUCAGAAAAGCUGAUGAAAACGGAGGUUUGUCACGUCUAGGACGCCAUGCUGUCUCAAACAACAACUCCGAUACUUCUCAAACCCUUAAAGGGGACAGUUGGACGGGAGAGAGCAACCGCAAAAGUCAAAUCCCCAUCAACAAGAUCGCUCAUACCGAAUUUGAUGAUGAACUAUUCACUGAAGACGAUGGGUACAACUCUCAGGACUCAGACACUACAUCACUGAAUGCGCGCCAUGCUGCUUCACUUUUGGGCAUGUCCACUAAAUAA